CAAUGGCUGCCACAUCCAUCCUCGAAGGCCCACGCUCUCGUUUAUGAGCACAUUUGACGAUCCUCGAUGCUUCUCAUUUCCGUUGCAAGGAAUGCAACACCGAUGUCGUACCGACUCGAUGAAUCGUGAAUGGACCGUCGAAGAGGAGCAACACAUAGCCAAACUAUGGAGUUUUGUAGGAUGGCGUGACAGCAUGUGCGAGAACCACUGGGGACCAUUCAUGGCUGAUAGGAGUGGACGUGUGAACUGGAAGCACAUAAAAGCCAUUAUAGUCGUCAUACACAGCAAUCUCGUGGACCUUGGCGAGCUUUGGCUGGACACACGCCCUCCAGCGCGUCUAGAUGCUAUACAAGCCUACUCUGCACCCAACACUUGCAACCCCGAUCCUCAGGACUGGGCGGGCGUCGAAGGGAAAUGGCGUCGAUACGUAUGUUUCAUGGACUAUCGAACGAAUACUGCGAUUAAGUACUCGGAGGACCCAUAUAACCCGUCUUUCUUCGAAGACGAUGAAUUCCAAGAAGCGACACGUCUUAUCGAGCUCAACCUAACAAUAACGAGUUACGAUGAAAAGAAGAAUCCUUCCGCCAGAUCUCCGGGCUCGUCAUCACGUGCCUCCACCGCGUCACUGCGCUCUUUAUCUGCACCAUCCUCGCCUUCACCGCUCUCUGCUCCGAGUGGCUCACCUUCUACUGGAUCUGGCCUCUCAAGCAUCGCGAAGCAACUUCCUCCUGUAAUCCACUUUGUCGGCAAGUCGUGCGGUGGGAACGGUAACGAAUCACGAGUGUGCGGAACUGUGCGCAUGACACCCGACGGACACAUCCGCUGGCGAUUCGUAAGUGCAUUAAGAUACGACGGCCACUCACAAUGGAGUUCGGAGGGAAUUCAAAUCGGUGAUGUAUGUAGCGCCGCCGGUGUUGUGGGUUCAUGGACAGGAGCGCAUCACGAAGAAGGUCCGUUCUGGAUGUGGAAGGUCAAGGAUGACCACCCGAGUCAUCUGCCUGAUCAGCGUCUUUCAAGUGAUUGAAAGCCAUCCCUGGGGAGAUUUUUCGAAUCUUCAUCGAUUCGAUUUUUUAGUUGACAACAGCGAUUGAUUGCAUGUUAUAUUUCUUUUAGCGCUCAAACCAUCUUGUUCCGUCUUUUCCCAUCCGCUCUGGAUAUAUAUGCAACUUUAGUACUAGGGAGGGUUCGACUAAAACUUGUUAAUGAUUGUUUGGCUAUCUAUCUCGUUGUCCUGGUCUGCUCUGUCGUAUUCCGAAAUGGAUUAUGCUUAUCUAGUGCACAGAUGAUUCUUCUCUUUUUCCUUAUAGUAACUUUACUUGAUGUAUCAGUUUGUUAGUUUUGUAUACA